AUGGCCUCCGACGGAAGUGAUGCCGACGGCAUCGAGGAUGACGGCCUCGUCGCCGACGCCAGGACGGGUGGACUAGAUGCAGGCGAGGUAACAAGCUCUUAUGGUGGUUUGCCCAUGUAUGAUGCUGAACGCCCCGGAGCAGAACCCGGUCGAGUCGUGAAGCACGCGCUGCUCAGCCCGCCCUCGCCCCCGAAGCUCGCAAAGAAGCUCCGACAGGUUCGGUCGCACCGCACAACCGAGCACCGAUUUCGAUGCACCGCCGUCGAUCAUCGCACCUUUCUCUCGUGGGUGUAUCACAUCAGCCAGGGCUUACUCUUUGAUAGGAUUGAUGCUGUAGAGCACAACCUCCUGAUCCUCAAAGCUUUGAGCCUUCGCCGCAGGCCCGGCCUCAUCGGCAGCGGUGCCCUUUUCCGACACCACUGGCACCUACUCUUCCGAACUCGCGCUGAAAUGGCCUACUGGGUCGCGUACACUGUCAUGCAGGCUGCCGAUCAGACGCUCUCGCGUCAGCUGUACCUGCCAUUUCAGAGAUGA